GUUUUCUGCAAGGCCUGGACGUCUUCAUCAUAUCAACCAACUUUUAUAAGAUGUCAAAAAGAUUCGCAGAGUCCGAUGGCUCAGAAGUAAGGGAUAACAAGCGCCCGAAAACACAGCCUCCGGUCGCUGUGAUCCCGGCCACAGAUAUCUUCUCCGCUCGCCAGCUUCAGGAACUUCUUUCAUUCAGCCAAGACGGUGUUCAGGAUUUGAGAAAUGGUAUCCAAUCUUUCAAGCAGUUUCUGGAGCUCAUCCUCUACGAAAAGGACGAGCCCAAUCGCCCGGCCAAGAUCAACAUUCUCAACGACUAUCUGGAUGCUGCCAAAUUGAAGGCUGCUCGCGACAAGGAUGCUGAAUAUCUUCCCGAUUUUAUGCAAGCUUGGGGCUUUGCAAACCAGACCAACAAUGACUACUUGGCUUCAUCCGUCUCAUCCAUUCUGGCCUUACUCCUAAAGACAAUCGCUACUCUUCUCGAAUCUCGCGAAUACGGCAUCUUGCUUAUCAAGACUCUAUUGAACCAUGCUCAGCUCAAGCUCAUCUCGAGAAGUGUCUCUGCCCCCAAGCACAAGGAACAUGUUAUUUCGCCCUCGCUCCGUAUACUCACCGAAAUGGUCUCAUUUGAUGGCGGUCUUAUGGCUAAGCAGGUCUACUCAAAACGUGACUUCACAUUCGAGUCCAAGAUUGUGGCUCGUAAUCUCUGUUUGGUAAAGAGUGGAUCUGGUCCUUCCGUACGCUCCAACGCCGUCCGUUAUCUGCUUGCGAACUUCAAGUACCAAGGAGAAGGCGCCAAGAUUGAUAUUCUCAAGAAUGGUCAUAUCAUCAAGGCUUUGUUUGACCACCUAAAGGACGAUUCAGCCGACGCUCUUCAAGAAACCUUCAAAACGCUGGAAACUGGUAUCCUACGUGAUGAGACUAUCGCUCGUGCAACCAAGACCCAGACGAUUAGCGAACGCUCUCUGGCCGGUGUUCUUGCUGCUCUUCGCACUUUCGCCGCCACAGAAAGCCCGACCGGCGACGACUCUACCCUCAUCCGUGGCAAGUCAGCAACGAUAUCCUUCUUGAAGCUUGUCAGUACCACACCUUCUCUUGGUCUUUUACGUCUCAGUGGUUGGUACCCUCCAGGCAGCGAGCGACACACCAGAGACCAGAAUGACGAUGUCGACGCGGACCUCGCACUCGACCUUGGACUGGACUCCGUCGACUGGUACAACAAAUUCCAAGGCCAAGUCACUGUACGGAACACUAUCCUGUCCGGCUUUUCGCAAACUCUCAAACCAUAUGCGAGCGAAGAAGAGAGGGACAUCCUGCUCUCAAUCUUCACUGCUGCUCCUGAGAUCAUCGCAGAUUACUACUUCGCAAGGGGAGAGAAAUUCUCUUUCGAGCCAAAACUCACCAACACAUGGAUUGGAUACGCGUCCUUCCUCUUUUCAUCUGUCCAAGUUCCUUUCCCCAAGUACUUCGGAGCGCAAGAUCACUACACAAGCUGCCCUCCGCCAGUCUCAAUUGCCAUCGAAAACAUUCUGCCUCUACCUCUCACUCAAAGGAUCCUGACCAAGUCUCUGAAUCAGUCCUCCGACCUCAUCACUUUGUUUGCUGUUCGUAUCUUGGUGGUUGCUUUCCAAAAGUUGCAGCAAGUUCUGCAAGCAUUCAACGUUGCAGCGACCGAAGGCAACCCCCUCUGGAAAGAAGGAUCUAUCAGACUGAUUGCGGAAUUCUGUCAAAGAUGCCCUCACGUCAAGGAUGUAAUUGCUGCUUUCCGCAAAGUCUCAGACGACAACAUUCUUCAGAAGGAGGCCAUCUCAAGACUGCUUCGCAUGUACUAUCAAGUUACACCGCAGGCCGCGCUGGAAGAAAAGUUCGAUGUUUCCCAGGCGUUGACUGUUGCCAUGUCGAGAGUCGAGACGGUAACCUCAGAUAGCGAGAAUUACGCCUUCCGUCUGUUGGAGUUGCAACAUCUACUCGUCAUUGCCCAAUGCUCUGCAGGUAUGCGUUGGUGGCACAAACAGGGUUCGCUCAAGUUUUCUCCAUUCACCACGCUUCUUCGUUUGAGCGCACAGACUCCCGUGGACCAAUCUACCGGGUCUGAGUUCAUCAACUUGCUUCAGUCAGUUAUUGACGAGCAUGGCAUCCUCCAACAACAAACGAAGCAACCGCCAGUAAAUGCUCUGAUUGCCAGUCUGGCAGACGAUGAGGCUUGGAAGCCGAGUGAUGCCCUGUACACCUUCAUUGAUGAGUGUCUCGGUCGCCUUGUCAGAAAGCCAAUCAAGUAUCUUGAUGAUCUCGACGAGUUGGCUGGUGGAUCUGAUCACGGCAAGAUCCUCAGCGUGCUAGUCACUGUCUGCCUGGAACAGAUUCCGUUCACCUCUAACCUGGCCGCAUCUGACCGCUCGAACGUGUUAAUGUGGUUCUCUCGCUUCCUUGAGCUACUCAAGCUUACGGGCGAGGAUGUCGAGUUAUUGCAGCUUAUCAGACAAAGAGUGUCGGACCUACCUGUCGUCUCAUCAAUCGAGCUCGAACCUACACUUCGAUCAGUCGCGUCUCGCAGACAGUCAGAGGAUGAUAAAACUGCAGGGCCAGCAGCUUCGUCUGAAAAGAAGUCAACAAGACAACCGCUUGCCUUCUCUGAGCCUCCUGUCGAAAAGCAUAAUCACCCUGAGCUGAGUAGAUGGCAACAAAAGGAGUUGGAGGAGUCCCUUGAGAACGGCGACAUCGACAGCCUCAUUCUGUGCUUGUCUUCAAAGGAUAGUUCUGUCAGACUGCAAGCACAUGCAGCGAUUCGCAAACUCAUGGCUAAGGUGAAGGAGUCCACGAAUGACGACAAGGAUCAGAUCUAUCUCUUGCUUGGUGAGCUUUCAGAAACCGUCUCCGAAAUGUCGCCCCCCAUUGCACAACAACCACUUCCUUACAUCGCCAGUGUGUUCGCUACGCAGGCUCUCAGUAUUCUCCAAGACCCUUCGCAUUUCAUGUAUCCCAAGGUCAACAAGUACCUAAACAAGGGUCCCAUCUGGAAUGUCGGAAAGUUGGCUAAUUACUGGGUUGAUAAGUCUGUGCUUGAGACGCCCGAAGAAGAUGACAAGCACUGGGCAGAGAUUGAGUUUGUUCUCGAGUUUAUAAUCCUCGGCACACGGACACUCCAAGAUGUUCACCUUUUGCUCCCCCGCAACUGCAUGGAGAAGAUUCUGGAUUUGUUCGCUUCACCAUCGGCGCCGAAGGGUGUCAAGGAUGCAGUGCUGAAGGUUGCCUACAGAGUGGCUGCCGUUGGUGGUGCAACCAGCCUUGUAACCAGAACCGGCGUGCUUGCCUGGUUAGACAUGAGAUCAAAGGUCGGUGAUGUGGAUGCGGCAACUCUCGAGGUCUUGAGGCGCAAGGUGAAUGACGGUCUUGAUGAAACCAGAGUAAAGACGUGGAGCAAGGGAGCAAUGAUGGCUGUUGCAGCAUAGAGUAUAAACAUCAUCCCAGAUGACCAAAUAGCGUAGAAUCAAGCAUUCUGCAAUCGUUCAUGACAAAAUAAUCAAGAAUUGGUAUGCAAGGAGCUCCGUCCGAAAGUG